AAGAGAAACUGUAAAGUAGAGCAGAAGUAGAGUUGGAUACAGACGUGCAUAAGAUCCUGUCAGGGUUUUUGGAUGCCACUUUCAUCUUUCCGCAAGAACUUACUUGGACAGUCACUCUAACGUUGGCAGUUCUUUUGAAUAUGCCGCUUGAAUCAAGGCCCUCAGCCAACUCUGCAAAGAUGCAAACCAAGCGGAGCGCCUGGACCCCUCUGAACCAUCCACUCAUCAACAGCAAGAUUUUUGAUGAGAGGAGACUCCUUCUGGCAAAAUGGUUUGACAGGUGGUCAGACAGUCAGAGGAAGGCUGUGCUGCAGGAUUUUGUGCUGAACUGUUCUGAGGAGCAGCUCCAGUUCCUGAACCUCAAAGUGAACAAGGUGCUCCCCCUGCAGGCGGCAGACUUCACCUGCCUGCUGCCCAGAGUCCUCUGCCUCUACUUAUUCUCCUUCCUGGACCCUCGCAGCCUCUGUAGAUCUGCUCAGGUGAGCUGGCAUUGGAAGAGCAUCGUGGAGCUGGACCAGCUGUGGAUGCCUAAAUGUCUAAGGCGGGGCUGGUAUAUUACCUUCUCCCCCUCACCUUUUGAGCAGGGCAUCUGGAAGAGACACUACAUAGAGUCAGUUCAGGAGCUGCAACUCAAACUGCUGCAGACACAGUCGAUUCCACAGGAGACUAUAGUACCUGAUGCUACAGCAGUGAGUGGUGGAUGCAAAGGAGCACCAGAACCGGCCCACAAAAGCAAGGAGGGUCCACUUUCCAGCUCCCAGCCUCCUGCAACCAGCUCAGGAUUAAAGACAGAAAAGAAGGCAAAGGCUUGGCCACCAUGGAGACACUCAGACAGACAUCCCAAGGAUACAAUACGCUUCAACUACCUGGACAACCUGCAUCCCAUGGAUCAGGCCCUGACAUACGGUGGAUCCCAGAGCAGUGAAGGGAAGAGGAAAACGCUCUCUGAAGCCAGUUACAAACUACGCAAAGCAAAAUCAAUGAUGUUCCCGAGAACCCAGCGCUCCUCUCCACCUCCUCCUUAUUGUCUUCCCUCAGAUCAUCAUAUCCAAACUCGCCCUUUAUGGGCUUCUCCCCCUCAGGAGCAAACUUUAACCAAGGAGACGGCCAUGAGCCUGCUAAAGCAAACCCAGUGGAACGCAGGGAUCCGACCCAGGCCGGUGAGGACUCCAGUACCGCAGCUAAGCAUGCAGGCCCUCAGGGCAUCCCAGCGCUCACAGCGGAGCCCCCCCAGUAGACCACUGUUCAGUGUUUGAAGUGGAGCUCCACAUUGCCCCCAGCAGGGCAGGAAGAGAAGCACUGAGCACAGCUGUUACCCUUUUGGAUUAUUUCUUUUAAAUCUUUCUCAUAGUUUUUUGCCAGGAAUAAACAGAUAUAUCUUAAGGAAUCAUUUUAAGGACUUUAACAGAAAUGCUAUGCUUUGAAAGUGAUCUCAGAACCCAACAUAUAGAAAAGUAACAACAGUCUGUUUUAAUAAGUUAUAUCUGUUUUAAGAUAUAUCUGUAUCUUGUAAAUCUUUGAUUUGAUGUCAUUUCUCAAAAUCUGAGAGAUUUCAUUCGUUUCUAUACAAAAAGAAAAUAAAGUAGAAAAAAAUACUGUGCACCAAACUGAAAUAAUAGCAUUAAUAGAAUAUAUUUUUAAAAUAUAUUCUAUGUAUUUUAAUUUGUUUAAUAGUAUUUUUUAACUCAAUUGCAAUACUAAUUCUGUCCACAAGAUGGUGUAGUACACAUCAAUAUUUUUAACCUUAAAAAAC